GCCCUGCUGCUUCUGUCGCCGAGCCCCGACGCGCCGGGAACCAUUUUGGUGUCCUGACCUCGGUGGCUUGAUGAAUCAGAAUGCGGGCACUUCUCAAGGGGUUCAGAACGGGUGCCCUCGGUUCGAUUUUGACCGUCUGCUGAGUUCUGCGAUGGACAGUUGCUCUGAGACGCUAACACGGGGCAAUUUGUUGCCUUGGGAGUCUGGUGUCUUCAAGCAGAUAUUUGAAUCAGAGGAAGCUGUGAGCUGGAAUGAUUCCUUCGACUUGCCCCAACUGCCGGUACCAGACGAUGCAGGUGAGAUCCUGCCUCCUGCUGAGAAGAAACGGAGAGUUGAGGAGUCUGGGAUGCUGCCAGGGAUCUGCUUCUCCGUGGUUCGGAAGGGUCCAGGGAUUUCUUGGGAAGAGCAACGUGACCGCGACUUUGAUAGGGCUAUUGCUCGAUGGUCUUUUGUGAUAAUCAAGUGGUCCGAAGUGAGCCCUGAUUUAUUGGUGUGCCGGAGCCUGCUCGAUUGUGACACGAUCGACGAAAGGACGGACGUCCUCAAGGACUGGCUGCAUCCGAAGGCCCCGGGAACUCUUCUCAAGCGUGUCAACUCUUUGCUUCGCUACCACAAGAGUGCCGGUUGGUCUGAGGAUGUUUUUCCGUACAAGGAGGCCAAGGUGUACGAGUACAUGAGUGCCGCCAGAUCAGGGGGAGCAAAACCGUCGCAAAUGCGAGCCUUAAGAGAGGCCAUCAUCUUUGCCAGACACAUGUUCACCAUUCCGGAGCUAGAUGCAGUGAUCAGCAGCAGGUGGUCGGACUUCCAGCAUGCCUCUAGUUUCCAAGUGGAGUACGGAGAGGGGGGCGAACGGCUUUUCCUGGAGUACACAUGUGAGGUCUACAAGACAGUUAACUCGAAAUUCUUCGCUGGACAGCCCAUUCGAUUCGUGGCGCCGGGACGGGGCAUUGUUGAUGACAACUGGCUCGACUUGUGGUACGAGGCCCGCUUGGAGAUUGGCAUUGACGAUUUCGUGCCACCGCUGCCGACGCCGGGCCCUUCUGGUGACCCUACUGGAGCAUCGGUGUCCACCGAGGAGAUCGCUCGAUGGCUGCGCAAGGUUUGUGGUGAUCGAGAACACCUUCGGACUUCGGGCCACACUCUUAAGCGAACUUUCUUAACGAUGGCGACGAAGAGGGGAGUGGAGCACCUGGACCGUCUUGUUCUCGGUGGCCAUGCAAACUCAGCAGGCAUGGCUGAUGUCUACGGGGGAGAUGAACUUGCUAGACCGCUGCGCUUGCUCAUUGCUUUGAUCUACGAAAUCAAGUUUGGCAUUUUUGAUCCCGACGCAGGCCGCGCUGCGUACCUUAAGGGCGGUGGCUUAACGGAGCCGCGAUUAGGCGGGUCUUCGCCACCAAGAAGGGAUCCAUCUUCCGCUGGGAAUUCUUGGCUCCGGGUGGACCAAUUCGGCAAGGAGUCCGACGAUGCUGUGUCGCAGGGGAACAAUGACCCUUUCGACGCCGAAGGCUUGGAUUGUCUGGCGAACCCCCCUCAUGAUGCGGCUGGAGACGCGGAGGAGGCGGGUACUUUGAGCUUGCCCGAACAAGGCGUUCUCGAGGCCGGGGAUGACGCUGCCGAGGCUGAUGAUUCGAGCUCCUCCAGCUCGAGUAGCUCUGGUAGUGGUAGCUCUUCUGAGGCCGACACUGAACCGGAAAGGGUUCUUGCCAAUCCUGAGCCGGCUGUGGGAACAUAUUUUCUUCAACACCAGCGGACACGACUUUUGCAUAUGAUUCUUACUCAUAAUCGCCGCUUUCUUUUGUGCGGGAGGAUGGUCACCGACUUGUACAGACCUCCGGGCAAGAUCCGUUAUGACUCCUCCGUUUGCCGUAACUGUAAGCGGGCUGCGGCUGAGCUUUAG